AUGCGACGAGCAAUAAAAGAUAAGUUGACUAGUGUUUUAGAAAAUCCUCGUAUAUCAAACACUAUGCAAGCAUUGACUAACAAUCAUGAACAACGUCCAAUAACUCAGCGUGUAAUUGAACUUGUUAAAGAUAAAAGUGAUACAUGGAUAUCAACAGUUCAAGAACAUGUUACAUCAAUGACUGAUACAACAGGAGCACUUGCUAAACAAAAAUUAUUACAAACAUUAUUUUCAUCUGGUAUUGUACGAAGUGAAGAUAUUCGACAUGCACUUCAAAUUGGAAUUGGUUAUUUUCUUGAUCAAGAUAAUCAAAAAUUUUCUGAAUCAUCUACAUAUAUACAACGAGAAAAAUUUCCAGCUAUUGGUGGUUAUACACCAUCUCAUUCUUUAUCGGAUUUUGAUUUUGAAGCUUAUGGACUUAAUAUAUUUAAUGAUUUACUGAAUAUCUAUGGUAUUAAUUUUGAUAUAUUAAAAAGACAUAUAUGUGAAGGUGAACUUAAAGAAAUAGUUAAUCCAUCUAGUUCAGGUUCAUUACUUUAUUUAACAUCAAAAUCAACAUAUCUUAUUAAAACAGCACGUGAUUAUGAUGCAAAAUUUAUUCAACAAAAAUUUCUUCAUGCAUAUUUUGAACAUGUUAAAAAACGACCAAAUACAUUUCUUACUAAAUUAUUUGGUGUUUAUGGUUAUAUUCCAUAUAUAUCAUCUCAAAAAGGUAUUACAAUUGAUUCAUUUACAUUACGUUUUAUUAUAUUUUCAAAUAUAAUACCAACAAAUAUUGAUAUUCAUGAAAAAUAUGAUCUUAAAGGUUCAUCUUAUAAACGUGAUGCAAAUUUUACUGAACGUAUAAAAAAAUCAGCAACAUUUAAAGAUAAUGAUUUUCGUGAUAUACAUCCACAAGGUUUAAAAAUUCCAAAAAAUAUUUAUUAUCAUUUAAAAGAUAUAAUUACAUAUGAUGUAGAAUUUUUAGAAAAACUUAAUAUUAUGGAUUAUUCAUUACUUUUAACUAUACAUAAUAUGGAUAAUCAAAUUAGACCGACACGUACUGGAGGAUUAGAAGCAUUAAUGGGUGGUCUUCAUGAUACAUUUCUUGCUUGUAUGAUGGAACAACGAAUUGAAAAUAAAAAUAAUAAUACUUAUGAAUCAAGAUCACUUUUACGAUUGAAAAAGCCAAAUGAAACAUUAGGUUUUAUUUAUGAAGAAAUUCCAAAAUUCGAUGUAGAAUAUGCUAAAGAAUUUGGAGGUAUUCCAGCAAUAAAUGAAAAAGGUGAACGUCUUCUUCUUUUUCUGGGUAUUAUUGAUAUAUUACAAACAUUUGAUAUUUGUAAAGUAAUGCAACGACAAUAUCAAACAGUUGAAAAUCGUGAUGUUAUUAAUGAACGUUCAAUUGUUGAAGCAGAUUUUUAUGCAAAACGUUUUAAAGAAUUUCUAUUUGAAUAUGUUUUUCAUCCAGAUGAUGAUGAUGAUGAAAUAUUAACAAAUUCAAUUAAUUUAUCAUCUUCUCAUUAUCAACAAACAUCUAAUGAACAAAAUACAUCUAUGAAUUCUUCUAUCUAUCCACAAUUAUCUCUUUUUUUUAAUCAAUAA